AUUUUAUCCACCUGGGAUGUCUUGUUGUAUCAACCAGACCCCGUCCAUCGUCAAGUCUGUCACUUCAGUCGCCGGGUAGCAAGGUCCCCUGGUCCCUCGAGCCCUGGCUCUCGUCCUGCCGUCAUAAUUUUUCCUCCGAAUCUUCCUCCACUACUGCCGGCCCCCUCCCUCGCUCUACUCGUAUCAGACAGAGUCCAGCCCAUGUCCACCUCCCAUUUGCUUCAAGUUUUCUCUGCUCGGUCCUCUCUCCACCGCUCGAGGUCAAUGCACGUCGUUCUUAUUCCAUUAGACCUUGGGUUCUCAAACUGUCCACCUCUUCCGCACUCACCUCUUCUCAUUUUGUGCAUCUUGCAAAAAAAAUCACUCAUAUUCAUAAACAGGUCGUCUUCCCACCGUUCGGUCGCUCAGCAUAUCCAUUUUGGGUGCAUUCCACGGUCUCACAGUCGUCGUCUCCGCUGCUGUGUUGGAAACGUUUGUCAGGGUGCCAGCUGGCUGGCUCGCUUGUCUCUUGACCGGGACUCAACCCUACCCACCCUAGGUACACACUCCUUCUCCAGGCUGGUGCCGAAGCUUUGGGUUCGAACCGGUCUCAUUCGAGUUCACGUUGUUCACGCGGUCGCCCCAUAUCCACUAUCGAUGUCCUAAGUUACUCAACGGCGUGUCAGUUAUCAAACCUGUUCCCCACCCGCUCGACUCAGAACGAGAGAUCCUUUUAAGAUUAUUGCAACCCACUAUUGACAGGCCGUUGUCGCCGUUGUCCCAUUCUGUCGUCCUGUCAUUCCUUCGCACGAUAUCUUCAACUUUUGGCUUUUCGGCCUCCUUGGACAUUUCCUCUUGCUCUCUUCUUCCUCUCCGCAGGUCCUCUACGUGUCUGUGUCUUUUGUCCGCUCCGUCAGCGGACAUCUGGGGUUUUUUUUAUGGUUUUCCACGCGUACGACGAAGGAAUACCAUGCUUGGUAACCAUGACUUAUUCUGACAAGGACAGUAUGGAUGACCUGAAUCUACCGACCGUCAUACCCGUCGAUGAAAACUAUGGCCGUUUUUCUGUCCUCGAGGAGGAGGAUCGAGAUGCCAGCUCGGCGUAUUCCAUGGCGUCUUCCGCCUACAACUUCAGGAUGGAAAAUGGCCGUCGGUACCAUGACUAUAAAGACGGACACCCUUUUCCUCACGACGAGGUCUCGGAGGAGAACGAAAUCACCAUGCACGAGAUGUGUCUGCUCAUAUUUGAGGAUAAAUAUUUCUUGUCGCCUGUCGACGAAUCUAAUCUUCGCGCCGUUGCCGAUAUAGGUACUGGUCGAGGGUACUGGGCCGAGGGGGUGGCUGACAGGUUUCCCGAUGCCCAGGUGGUGGGAAUGGAUUUGACACCACAUGCUCGAAAUAUCCUGCCGAACUGCUCUUUUAUGCUUGCCGAUGCGACAGAAGACUGGGUACUCGACGAUCCGAGCAUGAAAUUCGACCUGGUCCACAUUCGAUCUCUAUUUGGCGGUGUCAGGGACUGGGCCGCGCUAUACAAGAACUGCUUCGAUAACAUGAGGUCUGGAGGGUGGAUCGAACAGCUGGAGAUUGAAAUCGAUGCGCAAACCCAAGACGCUAGCACUCCACCGGACAGUCACAUCAAAGCGCUAUGCGAGUACACCAGAAGCCAUCUGUCUGUUGCCGCUGGACGAGAUUUCGACAUAUCUUUCAGUAUGAAGCAAAUGAUUGAAGACGCUGGCUUUGUGGAUGUCCAGGAGAAGAGAAUCAACAUACCACUCGGCCCGUGGUCAUCGGAUUCGAGAAUGAAAGAUAUUGGAAGAUUCUACGAACGAUUUUACAAGACGGGGUUGCAAGGCUGGCUGUUACAAGUCUGCACUCGGCAACUGAAUUGGUCUGUUGACCAGGUCAACGCAGCUUGUGUCAGUGCGUUUAAAGAGAUCAACCAGCGCCAGCAACACUGGUAUUAUCCCUUGGUUAUUGUUAUUGGACGAAAACCUUGAACGAGUUCUCUUUAUUUACGAUUUUUUGCACGAACGUUUACGCUUUAUGUCGACAUGCAUAUUUCGGAUUCACCGGCAGAUCAGAUCCUACCACCACCACCAGAAUUGAUGAUUCACGUCGUAAUGACCUGUACAUAAAUGGCUAGAUGGUAUGCGCAUGCAUUUGGAAAGAGAUAUGUCGGGGGAACAAUGCUGGUGCCAGUGGCGGCACGGUUCAAGAAGUCGCGUCUCGACGGCCUUUCCACUACUCUCAUCGCUGAUUGGGAAGGUCCUUUCAUGCCUGAGAGUGAAGGUUAAGAGUACCAUGAGCUGUUCUUGGUCAUCUUAUACAAAAUGAGAUGGGAACGUGUUUGGCAGCCUCAGACCAGAUCUUGCUUGACUAUUCAAGAGAUUGAGUCAGAGUCAACCAUUCGACAGGCAUCUGACAGAGACGAUGCAUACCGCCGCAGUCUCCGCCGCUUGGGCAAUCAUCUGCUAAAGAUGAUGAUGUGUAAACACCAGAACGAGACGCAGCCUGAAUGUUGAAACCUCCAGAGGUUUAGACAAAGGCACAAAAUCACUCGACAUGAAUGUCGUGUUCUGCAUGGAGGGAAGCGGAGGAAGGUACCAUUGAAUCUACCAUGGUCUCAUGUAUAUACGAGAAGGGUCUGGCUUAUUUAUACUACGAUAUGUAUCUGGAGGUGCGAUAUCGUCCACGAAUGAAUGUGAAUAUACUGCUCAUCGUAUUUUGAGCUUUUGCAUUGAAGGAACAGUCCAAGAGUGUUUGACCAAGUCAUUUGACAUGGAGG